CGUGGUCGUCUUUUACAGUCGUCCUCAUGUCCUACCUCUAACUCCUUUCCACGUCUUGAGACUUGAGACUGGCAUAGUCAACAAACCGAGGACAUUACAUUCCAGACAAGAUGCUUGAGACUGCGAAGAAGAGCUCUUGAUGUUUGGCUGGUCGUCGAGAGCGAACUGAGCUUCGAGCUCCUCGGUUGACGCCAUACUCUGUCGUCAGCAGAGGAUGGCAUCGGUCAGCCGUGCGUUAGAAGCGGCGAGGCUGACAAGGAUCUAUCGUAAGGGCGCCACAGAGCACAUUUAAACACGCAGUUACCCUACGCAAUAAGACGCCAGAUACAUCCCCAGUACGCGAGCAUGAGCUCUGCCGCGACAAAUAUCCACGAGCUCGGGACGGCAGACGGCUGGCACGGCGUCAUCUCGCCCGACGGGCCCUUCCCCCCAGAGACAGGCCGCUACCACCUGUACAUCGGCCUCUUCUGCCCCUUCGCGCACCGCGCGAACCUCGUGCGGCACAUCAAGGGCCUCACGGACUUCAUCGACGUCAGCAUCGUCAAGCCGUACCCGAAAGGGGACGAGAAGGGCUGGCCGGGAUGGCGGUUCCCCGGCAGCGCCGACGAGUACCCCCGCGCGACGGUGGACAAGCUAUUCGGGAGCGAGUAUCUGCAUGAGGUGUACUUCAGGGCGGAUAAGGAGUAUAAGGGGCGGUAUAGUGUGCCGCUGCUGUGGGACAAGAAGACGGGGACGAUCGUCAACAAUGAAUCAGCCGAACUCCUCCGCUGGCUGCCGACUGCGUUCAACUCCCUCCUGGACGAGGAACACGCCAAGAUCGACUUGUACCCCGAAGCUCUCCGCGCGCAGAUCGACAGCAUAUCCGACUGGAUGCAGCGCGACCUCAACACCGGCGUGUACAAAGCCGGCUUCGCCAAUUCUCAGCAAGAGUACGACAAGAACGUCAUCGCGCCCUUCGCUGCGCUGAACAAAGUGGAGGAGCUGAUCGCGAGCAACAGCGGUCCAUACGUGCUGGGCAAAACGCUGACUGAGCUGGAUAUCCGGCUGUAUGCGACCGUGGUCCGGUUUGACACGGUGUACGUGCAGCACUUCAAGUGCAACAUAGGGACGAUCCGGCAUAACUACCCCGUCAUCAAUAACUGGCUAAAGAAUCUGUAUUGGAAUGUCCCGGCUUUCAGGGAUACUACGGAUUUCUUGCACAUCAAGGAGAACUAUACCAAGAGUCACUACGACAUCAACCCUAAGGCCAUCACGCCCAUGGGUCCCUUCCCCGACGUUGAGGAGGGCGUUGAAGAGGACUUCAACAAGUUGAAGCCGGGAGGAGUGAAGUUACCCGCGGUCCUCGAUUAUUAAUCAAGGUUGUAAUAUCGGAGUGCACAUAUUAUUGGACGUCAGGACUAGAUAACCGCAGAAGGUCCUGAUCUUACGCCCAGCGACGGACCAGCAGUCAUUGGACUUUGAUUCAACUAUGUACAUUGCAGCACUCUGAUAACAUGGUACAAUGAAGCGAUUCGUGUCAAGGCAUAUUCACGGUCUGCAUAUACGAGAAAUCAAAGGUUCUCAUAGAUAUCAACUACAGAUAUUCAUUUUGAAUUCAAGAAGUAGAUCGCUAGCAUAGAUAAUUAGGAUCAUGGGCGACCAGAACUUCCAAGAGUCGGGUAUCGUCUAUCGUCCCUCGGAUCAGGAGGAUACGGCCUACCAGCGUAAGGGGGAGGAGAUCUAGGUGGGGGAGGAGCCCGCCUGUCGUAUGAGUUAUAUCUGACGGGAUCCGUCAGUGUCCUCUCGCGCACGUAUUCGCGAUCUCGUGGAGGGCCGCCUGAAGCGUAUCCCACAGGGCGGUCGUAGUAACUCGCGCUAGUCGUGGGAGGCGGCGUUGCCGCCCUAGACGCGUAUUCAGAGGAUGAUACCAAGGGGUCCCGUCGGGGAGGCGAGUAUAUGCCUGAACCGGUGCUAUAGGGUUCAUCACGGGACCUCUUGUACGGUGGAGGCCGUA